UUUUUGUGGGAAACGUACCGUGCACAGGGCGAGCGGCACCUCUUGGUACCGAGUGCUGGGGUUUGGCAAGUAGGUGUGUCAUCAGUAACUCAUUUGUUUUAGACGAUCCAGACCUGAGAGAUAUUGACCCUACGGUACUAAAACAUUGCCAUGCUGCGGCUGCGACGUGUAUUCUGGAGGCAGGGAAGCAGAAAGCCGACAUAUCUGCUAUAAGCACAUGUCUUGAGGACUGUAAACUGGACAAAGAGAGAAUAGAACAAUUUUGCACCGAAUAUCAGAAAAACAAGGAUGCAUUGGAAAUCCUAUUGGGAAGCAUAGGCAGAUCUCCUCUCCAUAUAACUGAUGUGUCUUGGCGCUUGGAAUAUCAGAUCAAGAGCAACCAGCUUCAUAAAACUUACCAGCCUUCCUACUUGGUGACCUUAAACGUAGAGAACAGUGAUUCAGGAUCACACCCAGAUGUGAGCUUUAGUUGCACAAUGGAACAGUUACAGGAUUUAGUUGGAAAACUAAAAGAUGCUGCAAAAAGUCUAGAACGAGCGACUCAGAUGUGACUGAAGGAAGGUGUCAGCCUCUCAUUCCUAAGAGUGUCUCCUAAAUGACAAAUGUCUUUAAUCUCCUGAUGCAGACUUUUUUUAUUUUUUAAAUCCUUGGAUGCGAAUUAAAUGAAAUAACUGUUUUUUUAUGGCAGCGCUUAGUUUUCCUUGCUUGUGUCAUAUUUUUCUUUAAUUAACUCUUGUUAAAUACUUGUUUGACUGUCGUGUCUUCAAAGCAUUCCUUCUAUUUUAUUUUGUGUAUUUUUACAAUUGUCGCCAGUUAUUUUUCUUUGGGAUC